AUGGCUUUCAGAGGCAAUUCAGAAAAAAUUGGAUUUCUGAACAAUGGAAAUUGUUUAAUGUCGUUGGAACCUAUUUCAAAAUUCGACCCAUUCUUAGCUUCACACUUUGAAAAAUUUGGUAAUAAAGGUAAAGGAUCUACAUCCUAUUUAUCAUUUCAAACAUAUGAGCAGAUAAUAGCUUUAAUGUCAGAUACAGUUCUACAAACUAUUGUUAAAGAAAUCCAAAUAGCAAAAUAUUUUUCUAUAAUAGUUGACUCAACUCCGGAUGUAUCACAUGUUCAUCAGCUGUCAUUUGUUAUUCGAUAUGUAGACGGUAAAGGAUUUCCACAGGAGCGCUUUCUUGGUUUUUUAGGUAAUACUGGUCAUAAGUCUGAACAACUGUGUGAUGCAGUGUUGAGUACUUUAUUUUUGUAUCAAUUAAAUACAGAUAAUUUGAGGGGACAAUCGUACGAUAAUGCUAGUAAUAUGUCAUGGGCAUAUUCUGGCUUACAAACGAGAAUAAAAAAAAUAUGUCAAUUUGCUGAAUAUGCUCCAUGCACUGCACAUUCGCUUAAUUUAAUAGGAACUUCUACAGCAAGCAGUUGUCUUAAAGCCUGUAAUUUACUUAGAAAAUUAAAUUCCCUUCAAUCUGCUUUUUUGGUUAUUUUCUGGAGUAAUAUUCUCGAACGAUUUAAUAUGAUAAGUAAAAAGCUCCAGUCUAUCAAUAUUGAUAUAAUUACUGUUGUUGAACUUUACAAAUCUCUGAUUCAUUACUUAAUAGCAAUUCGAAACGGAAAAUCAUUUGAAAAGUAUGAAGAUCUUGUAAAAAAAAACUCUCAUAUCAGACACUUAAAAAAUGUUGCAAUUGAUGCUCCUAAAACUAUAAAUGAAAUGUUGCAAUUUUUAAAAUGCAAAGAUUUAAUUACUGUGUAUCCGUAUAUUGAAAUAACGUUGCGAAUAUUUUUUUCAAUACCAGUAACUAAUUGUACAUCGGAACAUUCUUUCUCGGUUUUGAAACUAAUCAAAAGUUACUUGACAUCUUCAAUGACCCAAGACAGGUGUUCCGCAUUGGCAAUUUUAUGUAUUGAAUCAGACAUAACAAUUACACUGGAGUUUGAUGAAACAUGUGGUAUUGAACAGUUAUCCAUUUGUAUACGAUUUUUAAAAGAUAAAAAUUUGCAUGAAGAAUUUAUUGGGUUUUAUACUUUAAAAAAAUUUGAUGCCGAGUUCAUUUCUAAAACAAUAUUAGAAGCAUGUAGUCAUAUGAAAUUAGAUUUAAACAAAUGUGUGGGUUAA